AUGGAUUGCUCUAAAUCAAUAGAAGAGGAUAUCAUUAGCUCUUCAAGCAGGGAUAGCAGUAUUGAUUAUGAAGAAUAAAAUAAUGUGGAGGCUUCUUUUGAUUAUAAUAAUGUUUAUGAAGAGGAUUAUUCUGAUGAUGAUUAGGAUUAUGAAGAGGAAGAAGAGGAAGAAGUAUUAUAAUCGCCUUUUUAAGAAAAAAAUGUAGAACAAAAGAUAAAUAAAAAUUUUCAAAAUACUCAAAGAAGCGAAUUGACUUAAAAUAUUAAAACAGUUCUUUAAGAAGCUACAAAUAAUGAAAGCAAAUUAGCAGAUGAAAAAAAGAAUUUGAUCAACUCUAUAAACAAAUUAAAAAAGCAGAAUGAUUAUACUACUCUUGAUGUUUUAUAACAAUAAAACUAGAAAAAAGGAGUUAAAGAUAAUUUGAAUAGGGAAUAAUAAGAUUAAGAUAGAUUAUAAACAAAUGAAAAUGAGUGUUCAUCAUAAAAUUAAAAUAUUAAAAGCCUGGCUUAAUUAAAUAAUAGUAUAAUCAUGUCUAUUCCUAAAAGCUCAUCUACUUAAUUGGAUCUAUAAAGCACAAAAGUCAGCAAUAGUGAUUUAUUAUAAAAGUGCUCACAGAACUCAAUAAAAAAUAUUGUUUCUACUAAUUCUUCAAAAAAAAAAAAUAUUAUAACAUUCGAACUAAACAAAAACGAAAGCAAAUUAACCUUGGAUCUUUUAAAAAAAAAACAAGUUAAAUCUUAAAUAGGAGAAUAUCUAAAUAUAAAACAAGGAGAAUCCUUUAGAGUAUUACAAAGUCCGAGAGAUGGUAAAAACCUCCCAAAUAUUGAUAAAAUAAAAGCAAAAUUUAAUAAAUUAAAAUAAAAACCUCCAAAAAUAACAAGUAGAAGCUGGAUAAUCCUAAAUGGUAAAAAUAAAAAGUUGGUAGCAGGUUAGAAUGAAAAUUAGGUUAGGGAGAUAGCUUCUUUAACUAAAAUGAUGACUUGUUAUAUAGUAGUGCAUUAUAUAAGAAAGCUGAAUUUGAUUCCAGAAAAAACAUAUUUCAAAGUUUCAGCUCAUGCUGCAAAUUAACCAGGUACCACUGCAGGAUUAACUGAAGGAGAUGUAGUAAGCAUAAUGGAUCUUCUCUAUGGGAUGAUGCUUCCAAGUGGUAAUGAUGCUGCUUUUGUAUUAGCUGAAAAUUUUGGAGUUUAUUUAUAUAUGCAAACUGAUAAAUUUAAAGAGAAAUAUGGAAAUGCUUAAACAAACAAAAAAUUAAAAGUCAAGAAUCCAAUUACUUAUUUUAUCAAAGAAAUGAAUGAUUUUGCAGAAAAAUUAAAUAUGCAAGACACAUAUUUUACUAACCCUCAUGGUUUAAUGCAUAAAAAGAACAAAUCUACUUCUUAUGAUGUUGGUCUGCUUUCCUAUUAUCUUAUACAUGAUCCUUUGAUAAAGUAGAUAAUGGCAUAAUAAACCUAUAAUGCAAAUAUAAUGACCGAAACACUUUAACUUAAAAAUCCACCUACAAUAUGGAAAAAUACAAAUAAAAUGCUCAAAAAAACAGGAUUUUUGGGGCUAAAAACAGGAAUUACACCUAGUGCUGGUCCAUGCUUAGCAAGUUGGUAUAAUCAUGAAAAUAUAAAUUUAAUAAUUAUCUUGUUAGGAGCAAAGAGUCUAGAAGAAAGAUGGGUUGAAACUGUCCAGUUGUUAGAAUGGGCAAAAAAGUAAAUGUAAUAAAAAAAAAAGGAAAAAAAUGUAAAUUCAUGA